AACUAAAUGGACCCAUAAUGGAGGUGUGGAUGGGGGACUCAAAGGUUUGGGGGAGAGGAUGAGUUUGUCUGCGGGAGUUUAUGAUUAGCCUUGGAAUUCUGCCACCUCUGCGUCCACCUGGGCAGAGCAUAUCAAAGCCCUUAAAUAUUGGGCAACACACGCUUUCAUGUGAACUUUGUGCUCCCUGAUUAUGGUGACUCCAUCCUGUUAACACAGCAGUGUUUAAAGUCCACUGCAAAAGCACACUCAAAAUAUCUUCAGUCUUGUUAUCACGAUCCCACUGGCACCGCUUCUGUUCUUGGAGAUUUCCUGGGCCCAAUUUUGUUUUGUCCAACUUCAGCAUGAAGUUGUUCAUCAGGGCACUGAUUCUGUGCUUGUCUCUGAGUCAAGGGAAAUGCACUGAAGAAACCAUGCAGGAUAAUGUCAUCCCUCCUUCUCCAUUGCCAGAGGAAAACUCCUAUUCUGACUGGGGAAUUGGGACCAUCCGGGAUGGCAUUGAUGCUGUUAAUGGCUAUUUUGACUUUGUCUCAGAGCUGUUAGGAGGAAAGAAUGGAGUCUGUCAAUACAGGUGCAGAUAUGGGAAAGCACCAUUGCCUAGACCAAAUUAUAAAUCUCCAGAACCCAAUGGCUGUAGCUCCUAUUUCCUGGGUCUCAAGGUACCAGAAAGUCUUGAUAUGGGCAUCCCAGCCAUGACUAAAUGCUGCAACCAGGUGGAUGUAUGUUAUGAUACCUGUGGGUCUAAUAAAUAUCGCUGUGAUGCCAAGUUUCGUUGGUGCAUGCAGUCCAUCUGCUCGGACCUUAAACGUAGCCUUGGUUUUGUCUCCAAGGUAGAAGGAGUGAGUGACUUUUCCAGCAGGCUAAUAUUAGAGAUUAUCAUAGAGCAACGGCACUUAGAUUCAGCGCUCUCCAAGCAGUUUACAGAAUCAGCAUAUUGCCCCGAACAAUCUGGGUCCUCAUUUUACGGACAUUGGAAGGAUGGAAGGCUGAGUCAACCUUGAGUUGGUCACAAUUGAAUCCUGGUUGUGAGAAGAGUCAGCCUGCAGUACUGCAUUCUAACCACUGCCCCACUACAGCUCCUACUGUAUAUAAGACAGGGACAACAUUUAAUUUUGGCUAUGAUCAAAACACAUCUUCCUCCAAUCUGUUAAGGGGAUCUUUGACCUUAUCCUGUCUAAAGAGCAUCCGAUCACAGCCUCGGUCCUUUUCUAUCACACAAAAACAAGCAAUUAUAUGACGGACAGUUUGACUGAUCUACUCUUCUAAGGGAAAAAUGGAAGGAAAGAAGGAUGAUGGAAAAUAAUGUUUUAAGACCAUUGUGAUGAAUUGUGAAUUUAAUAGUAUAAUCCAUUUUUCAUAAAUAUCAUAUUGGAGGAACUACUAUGUUAUUUUGUUCUGAGAAUGUUUGCUUGCUGUUAUAUCUAUUAUUCAAUAUUUAUUGAAUUAUUAAUUAUAAUUAUGAUUUAAAUAUAGUGUUAUCAUUAAAUCUGCUCCAAUUUACAUAUAAAUAUCAUUAAAUCUAACAGUUUAUAGAAAAAGGUGAAAGAACUCUGUGAGUUAUGUAUAUGCUUUAAUUAAUGAAAACAACAUAAUUAAUUCAUAAUAAACAGCAUUAAUGAAAUAUGUAGAACAAUAACAAAGCCACAAAUAAUAAAUGCACAGCUUGUUGAAAAAAAAUGAUUGGAUGAGCUAAUAAACUCUCAUAUUAGCUAAAAUUAUCCUUCAGUUAGCCUGAAUAAAAUCCCCCAAAAUGCUGAAUCAUACUAAUUAGAAUAGAAAAUCUCAUUUGUAUUUCUGAAUUCAUAUACACUUCUUUUAAAAAUUAUGAUACCCAAGCAUAUUACAGCUAGCUCUGAAAAUAUUAGGCUUCUAGAUUCCAAACCUUUGCUACAGUCUGUCUUCUGAAUUAAUUUAGUUGAAAGAAAUAAUGAAACCCAUAUUUUAAUUAUGAAGCACUUUUUUCCAUUUAUAUAAUUUUCUGUGGUCUCACAGAUCCAGGCACCCUUUUAAAUACUCAAUCCUUGAUUUCUGUAUUUAUUUUCCUUGAAUUUCUCUGUUCUCUCUUUUUAAUCCUCCUUUAAGUAUUUAUCUGGAAAGAGAUGUUCUCCCUUUCUUACAGCAAAUGUCUCAUGCAUAUUUAUAAAGCUAUAUAUUUUAAAUCACGUUGCCAAAAAUCUUUUCCAGUUUAAUUCUACUAGUUAAUAAAGGUGAAUAAAGUUAUAAAUAUUGGCUAGAAUGCCAAGAGGUAAGAAACUCUGCUGAAAAGAAGAAACUAUUUUUCAUAAAUCAUUUCAGAAGCCAAGAAGAAACCACAGUGGGGGAAAUAGUUGUUUUUCAUCAAGACUUAGGGCACUCCUGAACAGGGAUUCUUCAUGAGCUUGAAAGUCCCACGGUGUUCCUACAGGUCAGAAAUGUUUAGAGACGCUGAGUCUCCAUUAACCCAGUACUCUUGUCUCCAGCUCCUUACUUCAGAGACUAUAAGGAAAGUUUGCAAAUCUUCUUCCACAGAGAGAUCUAGAUGUCCUAGAGGACCACCAUUUGAAUACGAGCCAGCAAUGUCUUGCAGUUGCCAAAAAAAGACAAUGCAGUCUUGGGCUGUGUCAACAGAAGGAUAGUGUUAAGAUCAUGAGAAGUGAUAAUACUGCUCUAUACCAUACUAAUGAGGCCACACUUGGAAUACUGCAUCCAGUCAGUCAGAAUAGAACUGAAAGGUACCUUGGAGAUCUUCUAGUCCAACCCCCUGCUCAAGCAGGAGACCCCAUACCAUUUCAGACAAGUGGCUGUCCAGUCUCUUCUUAAAAACCUCCAGUGAUGAAGCACCCACAACUUCUGAAG